UUCAAAUUCGUCAUCAUCAAGAGAAAGCAUGAUCAUGUUUCAGUUAAGGAGACAAAAAAACAAAACCAAUUGUCUUCUGGAUUUUAAAACAAGCCAACAAAGGUAUCGAGGAUCCUUGAAGUAAUGGCGUGACAGGAGAACUUUUACACGAAGAAAUCACUUGUCCUAAAUUUGGAUGACAGGUUUUGCACAAACAAGCUGAAUCGUCUUUAAAAAGUUCAAAAAGACAAGUUUGUCAUCAUAAAAGAUCCUUUAAAUGUUAGAGAAUCUUCUCCAGGUUCCCCAGCUUCAUGUCUUAUCUUUCUCUUACCGAGAAGAAAAAAAGAUUCUUACAUUUCUGGCUAAAACCGUUGCAGAAGAAUCUGGAUGUCCCCCGCCCCCUUUUUUUUUUUUUUUUGACAAGCUGAAUCGUAAUCUGGAUUGGAACGGUCAAUUAAAAUUCGUCAUCAGGGAUCCUUCUGGUGUCGUAGAACUUUCGCCAGCACCCUCUGCUUGACGUCGUGAUGUGACAGUAAUGGACAUUUCAGGCACUCGGACAUGACGCGUGUCCUGGACUGAAAACCGCCCUGCGCUUGGCAGAGGCUAUGGCGGCGGCUAUCGCCAGCUCCCUGAUCCGACAGAAGCGUCAGGCCCGCGAGUCCAACAGUGAGAAAGUCGCCACCAACAAGAGGCGUUCCAGUCCUACCAAGGAACCCAAAGGUUUGAGGCACAUUUUCAGUGUCUUUAGCAAAGUCCGCUUCUGCAGCAGUGGCGGCAAGAAGAAACCGGUGCGACGGAAACCAGAGCCGCAGCUGAAGGGCAUUGUGACGCGUCUCUUCAGCGAGCAAGGCUUCUUCCUGCAGAUGCAACCUGAUGGAACCAUCAGUGGAAACAAGGAUGAGAACAGCGACAACACUCUCUUCAACCUGAUCCCGGUGGGUCUGCGGGUGGUGGCCAUGCAGGGCGUCAAGGCGGGACUCUACGUGGCCAUGAACGCGGAGGGCUUCCUUUACACGUCUGACAUCUUCACGGCCGAGUGUAAGUUCAAGGAGUCUGUGUUUGAGAACUACUACGUCAUCUACUCAUCAACGCUGUACCGGCAGCACGAGUCGGGCCGGGCCUGGUUCCUGGGCCUCAACAAAGAGGGCGUCAUCAUGAAGGGCAACCGCGUCAAGAAAACCAAACCCUGUUCGCACUUUGUCCCCAGGCCCAUCGAAGUGUGCAUGUACAAGGAGCCGUCGCUGCACGAGCUGGAGGAGAAGCUGCUUAAGUCCUCGCGGAGUCCCACCAUGAACGGCGAGGAGCCAGGCAGGAGCCCUCUGAGAGCCACGCAGGGCUGCGAGGAGGACGGGCAGCUGGAAGAUGACGACGAGGACUGCACAGAGCGGGAAGGCUCGUAGCCUGGAGCACCCCCCGCUGGAGAACUCCCAUGCAACACUCCCAAAUGUUCAGCACCAAACAACCGACGCCAUGAUGACGGAAACUCCAACCCAAACAAGCAGAGAAAAAAGGGCAAGAAUCCUCUUUCUCCUCUUUCAAUGUUCUUCUUUUGGUGAUGACGAUUUACAUUUUAUGCAAAAAGCCAGGAGGCUAGCACAUCUACUCUUCAUCGUCAUCGUAACCGUGACGACAAAGUGUCCCCCCCCCCGCCCGAACCCUCCACCGCCUCCCUUGAGUCGGACGAGCGCUGAGAACUCCGAAGCUUUAAGCCAUGUAGAAAUACCAUCAUUGUCAUCAUUAUCAUCGCACAUUUUUUUUUCUUCUUCAGCGAUGCAAACACUUGAGCACUUUUUUUUUUUUUUUUUUUUUUAGCAUCACAAGCUUCUUCUUGUGGCCAAUCACACUUGAGCGUUUUGGGUUGCCACGUCGCAGCCUAUAUUUAUGUAUUAUACAGUAUCUAUGAGUAGCUGGUGAUGGAAUUGUUGAGAGGAAAUUGUACAUAUUCUUUUGUUUUCUCUGCCGUCAUUAUCCAGAAGUUAAAUUCACCGGCUGUGGUUUGACUCACUUCCUGUUUGUGAAACGUCACUCUGAGGCCACGUCCAAAUGUAUACACAGACAAUGAUACGUCGCAACUAAACCAUAUAUCUAACCAAGGUCUCCGAGCCAAAUACUAACAUCUACGACAGUCUCAUACACACACAACAACAAAAGAGAAAAUGUAUAUUUAAAAACAGAAAUCUUCAACCAAACCAUAUAACUAAUAUAUGUCCACUAUGUUAAUGCUUAGCCAUAAUGCGAAACUCCAUUGAAUUCAUUUCGUCUGGACUUGAGUGAGAACAAGACAUUUUUCUUUUUUAAAAGGCUGUUGCGUGUGCAUGUUAAGGUUGUAGUGCAAAUUGAUUCGAAAAUAGGUUUUGAUUUAAAAUAUGUGAGUACGUCUAGUCAAAUCGAAUCAAAUGGUGGAGGGAUGCGUCAAUUUUUUUUCUUCAUCGACAAUGGCAUAUGGACAUGGCCUUGGAUGGAAAGUUACGCCAAAGUACGGCAUUAAGAUACAAAGAACUUCCAUAUAUCUCAUAUCAAGCAUGUUUUGUUUUCUUUUUGCUAAUGUUUCAUCCACAGUUUUCACGUGUCGUCCGCGUCACUGCCUCCCGAAUGAAUGUUCUGUAUGUUAGGCCGCAAAAGAGCAUCUGGACUGGACCCUGCAAUGUGCAUGCCAGGCAACUUGUGGGCUUCAUUAAGCAAGCAGAUCAGUAAGUGUGCGCUCAACACAUCUUUUUUUUCCCUUGCAUGAUGGAUUCUGAUUAGUUCAAAACAAGAAGGAAAAAAAAACAAGUGUGAGCGCAAAACUGUUCGAGCCAAUCAUGUAGAAAAAGGUACUGAUGAUGUCAUCAGGCUCCCGCCAAUCAGGUUUCCUUCAGUUGCCUCCAAGGUCCACAUACUAAUACUGUACGUUCUUUGUUCUCAUUAGUAGGACAAUUCAGAGCACUAGUAAAACAUGAAAUUGAAUAAUAUCUCAUGUUAUACUGGUGCACUGAAUGAAAAUUGUGUGCUGGAAACAAAUUUACUGUAUUAAUAUCCAUCUUUGGGUUGUCAUUUCUAAAAAGUAGUUUGAGUUGUUCUCCUAGUGAGCAGAAAUGUCAUGAAGCAAUGAAAAAAAACCUAACAUUACUCAUAGAACAGUUGUUCUACCAGCGAGAGCAAGAAGAAAGAGAAUACCAGUAUUACGUGGGCCUGAAGCAGGUUAUCAAGGAUAUGGAAAGAAUUGAAUUAAUUCAACUCAUUUUCUUUGACCCGUUACAGCACUCGAAAGUCUUAUAGGGGAGCUAAAAUGUGCAUGCCAGCAAGACAUGACACCUUCUUGUGUAUUCAUAACCUGAUGCUGUUACGGAGAGAUGUUGGCUGAUGGGAGGUAACAAUUCAUGAGUAGCAAAUUUAAAUAAUAGGGUCCGACCGAUAUGGAUUUUUUGAGGCUGAUGCCAAUUCCAACUAGAUGAACAAAAUUUGGACACGUUAAUAAUUCGAUUCAUUUAAAAAAAUACUGUAUAUACCUGAAUAUAAUGAAUAAAAUAACUACUUUUGCCCCCCUUAUCACUUACAACAACAAAGACACGAUUUUAAGGCAGAACAUUUGACUUUGCAAUUUCAAUACUUUGUCCAUUGGCAUUUGUUUAAAUUUAUAACAAUGACAACAUUCGGCAAACAUCAGUCGAUUUUUGGGGGCGUAAUUUUGGGGGGUAAUGUUUGUUUGAAUGUAAUUAUUUUUGUCUAAUGUUGAAAUUUGUUAAUGUGUAAAAAAUAUAUAUACAUACAAAAAUCGCUUGACUUUAGAAGAGCGAAUGCUGACCGAUUAAUCGGUUGAGCCCUAAAUACAUUAUUUAAAUAACGAGAUGAUUGUCAUAAUUCAAUAAAAAUCAUUCUAUUUUACCAUGUUAGCUACAGCUAGAAACAAAGUUUGUUUUCAGGCGACGGGAGCAGUUGAGUGACAUUUAUAUAAAAAUGUGUGCCACUUUGAAAUUAAUUACAUUUAUCUUAACCCUUUCAGUGACAGCGGUUACUACUGUGCACAGCUUGUUAUCAGGUUAUAGGGUGCAUUAAAGGGUUAAUAUCAUUUGAAAAAAAAAUAUUUGAAGAAACAAAAUUGAGUCAGCUUCCAUUUGAAAUUCCUUUUUGUGAUUUUCCAAAAACAAAAUAUUUUGCCUCACAUUAGCCUGCCUCCCUCCAAAACAUACUGUCAACUUAUUUUGUUUUGUGCAGCAACAACCACGAGAAAUUUCACAGAAUAUUUGCAUGUGACUCCAUCUAAAGUGUCAAUCCACCUGAUGAAUUGUGAAUUGUGGUGCAUGUUUUGUCGUUUGUCGUUUUGUCUGUCGAGCACUGACACGGGCAACGGACCAAUCAUAAUCCAUGCCGCGCUGCCUCGGAGAAAGUCUUCCAAUCAGAGUUUUUGGCAGCAUUUAAGAAUGGCGGACAUUUGCGAACACUCUCUGAUGAGUCGUGUGUGCCCUUCUGAGGGCUGCAAAAUCAAAGUUGGAAAUUUUCCAUGGGAAUAAAGCAAAUGUCAAGAAACUACAGUGUACCGUGACCUACAACUACUCAAAUUUACAAUUUUUUUGCAGUUGCGAGUGCUGAGCAGUUUAUUGGAAGCUCACUUGUCACUCUAAUUUCGAAUGGAGUUAAAAAAAAAAAAAAUUAAUGAAGGGUGCCCCAAAGUCUGGACUUGUAUUUGGCAAUUAUUGAUUAAGAGAGCUAACUUGCAAAUUUCCGUCUUUAGCACACCUUUUUGGACUUUUCUCACACUAUUUGGCCAAAUAAUGUGAUUUCUAAUCCUGUACAGUGGUACCUUGAGUCACAAGUUUAGUUUCGCUCAUAUAUGUAACUCAAAUCAAGUUUAGCCAUUGAAAUGAAUGGAAAUUUCAUUAAUCAAUUCCAGCCCCAGAAAAGUAGCACCAACGUAUUCUACUGAAUAAAAUCAUGAACACAACAUGCAGUGUAAAAAAAUGAAACAGUUUUGGGGUGAAAGUGCUCUAUAAAUACAGUUGAGUUGAGAACAAAAAAAAACAAAAAACCCACACAUUCGCUUCUUCUCAACACC